GUGGUCGAGCGCUGGCGAUAGACCUUGAGCCUCGCUUCCUGUGUGGCUGUGUGCGCGCGCGGGCCGCGGAGAGCCCGACCCGAGUGGCGACUGCGGCUCCCCCACCCACGCAUCCGGCUUGGAUCGAUCCCGGGGGUGGCGGAAGAUUCUAAGCCCACCCCUCCGAGCGCCUGAUCGGGUGAGCAGGGGAAAGGGGGGGGGUGGUUCCUGGUGGCAAACUUGAUCCGGAGCGCAAAGUCCCCUUUUACGCGCAACCACCACCGUCGGCUGGGGGUCCUGGGUGGGGCCCGAGAGGCCUGUACGGGCGGUUAUUGCUGCUGCCCUGGGAGGAGAAGGUGGUGGUGCCUAGUGGUCUCUCCUCCCCUCCAGAUAAGGUGCCUGUCACUGGGGACCUUACUCCCCCCUCAACCAAGAAGCUACACUCGGGGGAAAUGUGAGCCAGCACCAGCACUGUCUUUUGGAGUGAUGAAUAGUGUCCUGGCUUGCCCCUCCCCAUCAAGAAAACAAUAGAAAUACUUAACUAACUGACCAAUCACGUCGGUUCUGCUGCCCCAAACAAAAGGCCUGCCCCCCCCGCAACAAAAAUCUUGGCUACGCCCAUGUGUCCUGGGGUUCUUGAGGCCCUGGGGUGUCUGCUAAAUUGCAGCUGCUGCAGCAGUGAGGAUAAGUGACAAACAAUGUCUGUGGAACUUCUCUUUAUGUACUUAUUUUACCCUCCUGUUGUCCCUGGAGAGACUCUGCACUUGGAUCGCGAGUGAGGAUCCUGUGACCUUCCAGAUCCUGCUCCCAUCGUCUCUGACCACUGGCUGGCUGUGCUGCCUGGGGCUGAGAGGACAUGGGAGUCCGGCGAUAUCUGGGCAGCCACAGGUUGCCCACCGCUGACGGGGGCCACGUGCAGGUCUGUGGAGGAUCUUCUGACUUCUCUGGAGGACCUCAUGAAGGAAGCUAUAGGACAGGCAUCCCCAAACUCGGCCCUCCAGCUGUUUUGGGAUUACAGUUCCCAGCAUCCCUGACCACUGGCUCUGUUAGUGAGGGAUAAUGGGAGUUGUAGUCUCAAAACAGCUGGAGGGCCGAGUUUGGGGAUGUCUUCUAUAGGAUGAUCUGCUCCUGACAGCAAGCCUGCAGUCCCCAAACUGUGGGUUGGUUCAAAUCAGAUGUGUGAGAGCUGUUCACUGGGGGUUUCAGGCAGUGGCUGUUCUGAGCCCUACCUGGAUUGAAUCUGUGAACUUUUGCACGUGGAGCUAAGGUGAACUGGGAUAUGGCCCUUCCCCAGUUCAGUGUGAGGGGCUGCGCAAAAUCCACAGCAACAAGGACAUGUCUGUGUAUUGAUAGCUUUUAUAUUGUACGCUAUGGGAUGUGGGUGACGCUGUGGGUUAAACCACACACAGAGCUUAGGACUUGCCAAUCAGAAGGUCGGUGGUUCGAAUCCCCGUGACGGGGUGAGCUCCCGUUGCUCGGUCCCUGCUCCUGCCAACCUAGCAGUUCGAAAGCAUGUCAAAGUGCAAGUAGAUAAAUAGGUACCGCUCCGGCGGGAAGGUAAACGGUGUUUCCGUGCGCUGAUCUGGUUUGCCAGAAUCAGCUUAGUCAUGCUGGCCACAGGACUCGAAAGCUAUGCGCCGGCUCCCUCGGCCAAUAAAGCGAGAUGAGCGCCGCAACCCCAGAGUCGGCUAUGACUGGACCUAAGGGUCAGGGGUCCCUUUACCUUUACUUUAUAUAUUGUACGCUGCUUAGAGAUUCUUUUAAAACACUAAGCUGAUUGUAACAACAACAAUUGCAACCAGCUUAAUAUUAUUAUUACAAUCAGUUUAUUAUUAUUAUUAUUAUUAUUAUUAUUAUUAUCAUUAUUAUAUUUCUACCCCGCCCAUUUGAGUUGAAACAGUCCAAUUCCCCCCCCCCCUGCACUCCUGUUGCAAAGGGGGAUGUUAACAGUGCAGAUUAAGAUAAAUCUCAGGGAAACUGAUAGGCCAGAAUACCAGCCCUGUGGAAGUAAUUUGGAAAAAGUGUCUUCCAGAACAAACCAACAAACAAAAAUGUAUAAAAUUGGGAGAUAUAAAACCUCAGAUACAAGAAUGACCAUAUCUCUCUUUGUUUUGUUUUACUUUUCCUAGCCAUGGAAACCCAUGAAAACACUUUUGUGAGUAUUGAAAAAAGUGUGUGGCUUUCUUCUUGGACCAAAGCAAUGACAGAAUGUCCUCCUGUGGCACCUUAAAGGAAAGCAAACUCAUUUCAGUAGCAGUUUUUGUGGGCUGGACGCCACUUCGGUGCAUGCUUGAGCCUUGGGGUCCCUUACAGCUCUACAGAUCUAUGAACCAAGUCAUCCUUUGUGUCAGCAAAUGCAUCUACUGCGGCCUGUAAACUUGACCCAUCCAUCAAAAUUUCAUCCCACCGAUGAAGAGACCCGUUAUCUCAAAAUGGACCGUCUACCUUCCACCUUACCUCAGGUGGCUUUCCACUCGAGUUUGGAGGUUUCGACAUUUCAUAUCGUGAGGUUUCCCUCAGAAUUCCUGUGGUAAUUUUUUACUGUUUUGCAGCCAGAGCAGUGCUGGAUUUAUGUAUAAGCGAAACAAGCUAUAGCUUAGGGCCCCACUCUCUUGGCCCUCCCCCCUCAAAAAAUUUCACUAUUAAUAUACUUCUUCUUAAUUGUAUUUCAGUUCAACAAUUACUUUGAUCAAAUACAUAUUUUGUUAUGUGCAAAUGGCUUUAGAUACCUAUUAGGUCCAUAAAUUACCACAUUGCAUAUAUUCAACACAAAAAACAGCGACAGUUUGUUGUUUACAAAGGACAGCUGGAUAUAUAAAGGGCCCCAUUAUCUUCAGUAGCUUAGGGCCUCAUCGAACCUAAAUCCGGUGUUAUCCCCACUUCCCAAUUUUUUAGGAAAAGCUGGAGACGGUUUCUAGGAGAUAAAAAUAGGACUCUUCCUUCUGGGGCAGAAGGUUUUUCAUGGAAGCGCCGCCACAGCCAAGAACAUCGGGUAUAAGGAAGGAGUACCCGUGCCCGGACUGCGGGAGGAAUUUUAAACGGAACUCUCACCUUGUCCGACAUAAACGGCUCCACACGGGCGAGAAGCCGUACAAAUGCCCGGAGUGUGGGAAAAGCUUCCGGCAAAGCACGGAUGUUAAUACGCACCGCAGAAUCCACACAGGAGAAACGCCCUUUCACUGCAACCAGUGUGGGAAAAGCUUUCGCUACCGGACGGGUCUUGUGAAGCACGUGAGGGGCCACGAGGAAGAGAAAGCGAAGGCCUGCCGGAGUUGCCUGGAAUGCGGGAAAAUCAUCAGCGGCACUUUAGUCUCCGUUGCCAGCCAGACUUCCCCUGCGGUGGGCAGAUCCCAUAAAUGCCCCGACUGUGAGAAAAACACCCAAGGGAGCUCCCAUCUUGUCGUGCACGUACCAGGCUGCGCAACGGAAGAAAACUAUAUGUGUCCCGACUGCGGAGAAGGGUUUUGCCACAGCUUUCAGCUUAUUGGACACAGGAACCUUCACGCCAGUGAGGAAAUUCUGUAUUCAUCUGUGUUUGUUUCUGGGUCGUACCACUUUGCUCCAAGGGAGCGCUAAGUGCGCACGCUGUGAGAUAUGCUUAGCGCAUUGCCGCCUCUGAUCCUUAUGGGCAUAGGGUGCAUAAACUGGGAGUCCCAGUACAGCGGUACCUCGGUUUAAGAACAAUCCUGUUUGCAAACGAUUCAGUUUACGAACUUCGCAAAACCGGAAGUAGUGUCCCGGUUUGUGAACUUUACCUUGGUCUAAGAACGGAAGCCGAAUGGUGGAAGGGCACCACAGCGGGAGGCCUCAUUAGGGAAAGUGCGCCUCAGUUUAAGAAUGGUUUCAGUUUAAGAACAGACUUCCGGAAUGGAUUAAGUUCAUAAACCGAGGUACCACUGUAUAUGUGUUGCCUCUUCACCCUUCCUGUGCUUUUCUUACCUCCAACACCUUGCUUCUUCCACCCCCACUGCUUGUGGGGACGGGACGUGCAAGCUCUAUGGCUUUCCAUUGCCUCUUCAUUGUUUAUUUUUGCCUUGUGGUUCCCUUGUGUUACAGUCUGAAUUUUGUGGGAUGCCAAUGUCCAUCCGUUCGACUUCCAGAAUGUUCGAAAACCAAGGCGCAGCUUCCGAUUGGCUGCAGGAAGCUGCUGCAGCCAAUCGGAAGCCCCUGCAGCCAAUCGGAAGCUGCGUUGGACGUUCGGGUUCCAAAGAAUGUUUGCAAACCGGAACACUCACUUCCCGGUUUGCAGCCUUCGGGAGCCAAAACGUUCGACUCGCAAGGUGUUGGGGAUCCAAGGUACGACUGUACAGUAAAAUACAGUAUGUAAAAAAUAAAUGAAGCAAAAAAGAAAAGAAAAGCCGAUUGAAAAUCAAAUCUAACAAUGGCUGUGAUGGGAAGAAAAAUCACUAAGUGGUCUACCAAGACCACCAGCCAUUUGGGAGGGGGGGUGAGUUUGGGAACUGCUGGAUUAAAAGAUGUAAAUGUUGUUGACCAUAAUAGUUUUAUUACAUAAUGUAUAAUGAAAUAAUGAAGAUCUGUAUCUCGGCGGUAGAGCAUGCAGAAGGCCUCAGGCUCAAUCCCUGGCCUCUCCAGGUCAGACUGGGGAGCAGCUGCUAGUCAGUGCAGGCAGUACUAACCUAGAUGGGCCAGUGGCCUGACUCAAUGCAAGGCAGCUUCCUAAAUUCCUGCUAUAAUAAUAAAUUAAUAAUAAUAAAUUUUUAUUUAUACCUCGCCCUUCCCUGUUCAGGAAACCAGGCUCAGGGCGGCUAACAACAAAUUUAAAACACUUACCGUAUUUUUCGCUCCAUUGGACGCACCGGACCAUAGGACGCACCAGAUCAUAGGAGGGGGAGAACAGGGAAAAAGAUUUUUUUUCUUGUUCUCCCCCUCCAAAACAAGGUGUGUUCAAGGUACAUUCACCAGAGCUUGUGGGGCUGGCGGUGGGGGGAAGCGUUGCUUUCCCCCACCGCCAGCCUCAAAGAUCCCUGAAGCCUUUGGAGCGCAGCGCCCCGCUGCCCUGCAGAGGUUUGCGCGCAGCCCUCCCCAAGCUAGAGCAGCGAGACGGAGCCCUCCUUCACCCCGCUGUCCUGCAGAAGCUAGCAAGGCUGUUCCCAAGCCAGAACAGCGAGGAGGGCUCCGUCUCGCUGCUCUAGCUUGGGGACGGCUGCGCGCAAACCUCUGCAGGGCAGCGGGGUGCCUUCACCCCGCUGUCCUGCAGAAGCUAGCAAGGCUGUUCCCAAGCCAGAACAGCGAGACGGAGCGCUCCGCAGUGCUCCGUCUUCCUGUUCUGGCUUUGGGCUUAGCGGCGCAGCCUGCAUUCGCUCUAUAGGACGCACACACAUUUCCCCUUAGUUUUUGGAGGGGGAAAUGUGCGUCCUAUAGAACGAAAAAUACGGUAAUUGAUGCAACAAAAAACAGCAUAAAAUACAGUAUGAAACGUUAAUAAUAAAUUCAGAAUUCAAAGAUCAAUUUAGGGGGGAAAUCCAUCCAAUAAACAGAUGAUCACCAGGGCUAGCGGGCUAAAUUAGUCCUAUUUGGGCCAGCGAGGAGACCAGGGGAGAAUUAGCUGUGGGAUCCCAGAGCGGGUAAUCUUCAUAAAAAGGGGAGGGGGAGGGAAGGAAGGGGAAUAAAAGAUCUAGCUAAGUUCAAGUUGAAAGGCAGGCGGAAUAGUUCUGUCUUACAGGCCCUGCGGAAGUUAAAUCCUGCAGGGCCCUGGUCUCAUGGGACAGAGCAUUCCACCAAGUUGGAGCCAUCACUGAAAAGGCCCUGGCCCUGGCGGAGGAUAGUCGGACUACCUUAGGGCCCGGGACCUCUAAACUAUGGUUAUUCAUGGACCUUAAGGUCCUCUGCGGGGCAUACCAGGAGAGGCAGUCCCGUAAAUACGAGGGCCCUAAGCCACAAAUGCAAUAUAACACAAUAUUAGUAAUUUCGUAUUAUUUUUAAACACCCUUUUGGGUCACCGGCCAUUUAGCAACGUGUAUUUUCUUAAUAAAAAGGUUUCUGUACUCCUGAACCAGAUAUUGAAUGGGGAGCCAUACCUAAAUGAAUCAGCACUUGGUGCAAAAUAAAUAUUUGGUAGUGGUUGUUGUUUAGGAUUGCAUUUGGUUUUGGUUUUUCAAAAAGGCCACUCGGGAGCACUGAGUAAGUUUACCUUUCCCUUUUCCAGCUGCUGCAGCAGUAGCUGUGUCAUGUCCACUGAUGUGAGCUUUGCCGCUUUGCCGCUUAAUGUUGUGGCUUUCAGAGGAGGAGCAAUGGUUGUGUGGUGCUAGGAGUCGUCCAUCUGGGAGCAGCAUCAAGGAAAAUCUAGCCUAGCAGAAAUCUGGCCCCUCUAUAAGAAUUGCUCAUUUCAUCUUGUUCUCUUUCCCUGCUUUGUGCCAGGAUUUCAGAUUCCUAAUCCCGGUACUCUCUGCGGCCUGGAGCCGGGCGUGGCGCCUUUGCCCUCGGACCAUCAGGAUGAGGAGCAGAGGGAGAGUCCAGGAAGCAUCUGUAGAGGUGAGGGAAUCGAGAGAGCCAGCAAGAGACCCUGCUAGCUGAAGAACUGGGGGCUUCUGAAGGAGAUUCUCUGCUUUACAUAACUCCCUGUCUUUCCCCCUUGACUCUUAGGCCCUGUCUGCACUACACAUUUAGAGCAGUUUUGUUGGCAUCCGCCUGAUAAAACUUUAUUCACAUUAGCCAAUGGCCAUAGCAACAAUAAAACAUUACAGUAUAUGCAGAAAGGGAAAUUGGAUAUAAGAGCACAAUUUAAAGUCCCUUCUUCUCUUUCCAUGGUUCAUUUUGCAUAUAAUAAAUCCCUGCAUCUUUUACAUAAACUAAACCAUUCAGUACCUAUUCCAUUAUUACAUCCAUCAAAAUGAAUUUAUCUUAAUGCUGCCAACAUUUCCAAGUGUACACAACUUCCCCACAUAUAUUCGAUAAACAUUUUCCAAUCUUCUCUAAACGUAUGUUGUUCUCUUAUUCUGUAUGUUAAGUCUGCAAGCUGCACAUAUUCUGUCAGCUUAAGUUGCCAUUUUUCUUUUGGUCCCAUAUAUUGGUAUAUCACAAUGUAUAGCUGGCGAUAUAACAUGAUAUUGAAAGACAGACAUCGCUCCGCUCUAGCAUACAAUAUGAUUUGUCAUAAAACAAUGAAACCAAAAUCACGAUAUGGACUUCAAUCCGUUCUUGGACAAUAUAUCUCCCAGCCCUAGUGCUGAGAGUUGUCAGGAGACUCCCUAUUCCCCUCGCGGGUAUUACAAUUCCCAGAGUUCCCUGGGAAGAAGGACGGUCAAGACUGUUAAGCCACUCUAGCAGUUGUAACUCUGCGAGGGAAAUACAGAGCAGCAGGCAUGUUUUAAAAUGUAAUUGCUUUUUAGCACGCUUUAAACACGGGUGGCGCUGUAGGUUAAACCACAGAGCCUAGGACUUGCUGAUCAGAAGGUCGGCGGUUUGAAUCCCUGCAACGGGGUGAGCUCCCAUUGCUCAGUCCCUGCUCCUGCCAACCUAGCAGUUCGAAGCACGUCAAAGUGCAAGUAGAUAAAUAGGUACCGCCCUGGCGGGAAGGUAAAUGGCGUUUCCAUGCGCUGCUCUGGUUUGCCAGAAGCAGCUUAGUCAUGCUGGCCACAUGACCCAGAAGCUGCACGCCGGCUCCCUCGGCCAGUAAAGCGAGAUGAGCGCCGCAACCCCAGAGUCGGUCACGACUGGACCUAAUGGUCAGGGGUCCCUUUACCUUUCCCUAAACUGCUUUUAAGGUGUUGCAACGGUAAUUGCUUUUGGAAUGUGUUAAUCUGUUUUAGAAUGUCCUUGCUUUUGUUUUUAAAUUUGCGUAUCUGUUUGCCAUUCUGGGUUCCUUGGGGAGGAAGGGCCUGGGUAUAAAGCCAAGGGGAGAAUAGUUGUGGCUGUCAUUUCUUUUGUGACCCUGUGACUUCUGUUGCAGCCUGUGAUGAUGCUGUGCCCACGGAGCGUGAGGAAGAGCACCCCUCAUCCCACGAGAGACUUUCUCGGACGUUACUGGGAAGGCUGCAGAUCCUGGACCCCCGAAGGAAAGAGGCCUCUAAGGCCAGGCCCGGCUUCUCCAGGGGGCAGUGGAAACAGCCGGCGGCGAGGGGAAGGGAAUCGGCGGAGGACGGGAGCGCCGCCUCUCCUGUGUGCGAGCGGUUCCUCCGCUCAGAGAGGAGGCACCUCUGCUUCAUGUGCGGGAAGAGGUUCCGGUACGAGUCCCACCUGGUCACUCACGAGCGGAUCCACACGGGAGAGAAGCCCUUUGAAUGCAGCAGCUGCCACAAGAGCUUCCGGGACCGCUCAGACCUGAGCAAGCACCAGAAAACUCACUCGGCAGACAAACCCUACAAGUGUCUCGACUGCGGCAAAAGCUUUCACCACCAGCUGACCUUUAUUAGGCACCAGAGGCUUCAUCCCAGGGAGAGCUCCUCCUGCGAUCCGGGCCGGGUGUAUUUUGCCAUCCUCCCCUCGUACCACGUAGGCGCAGAGAUGAGCAUUGGGGAUGGGACGGAGACCCCCGAGAGCCUUGGUUUUCCUUUUAAACAAAAAGUAAGUUUCUAGCCCUUAAGGUAGCAAAGGUGGGAUUGAAAGCAAGGGGGCAAAAGGGGGCGGAGCCUUAGAUAGGGCCUGAGUAGGUUUCCCGCCAGAGUUCUUAAGAAUUCCACAUCACUUGGCUCCUUGGUCCAGUAUUUUCUUUUAAAUGCAAGCAGGGGGUACACACACACACACACUGAGAGCCAGUGUGGUGUAGUGGUUAAGAGCAGUAGACUCGUAAUCUGGUGAACCGGGUUCGCCUCCCUGCUCCUCCACAUGCAGCUGCUGGGUAACCUUGGGCUAGUCACAUUUCUCUGAAGUCUCUCAGCCCCACUCACCUCACAGAAUGUUUGUUGUGGGGGAGGAAGGGAAAGGAGAAUGUUAGCCGCUUGGAGACUCCUUCGGGUAGUGAUAAAGCCGGAUAUCAAAUCCAGAUCCAAACACACACACAUUGAGAGAGAGAACCUUGUCUAUCAAUGCUUCAGCUGUAGGAAAAGAUUUCAGCCCAUUUGCAUCAGAGUGCUUCUUGGAUACUCGAAGCUGUUGAGGAUGUUGAGGUUUUAGAGUACCUUUCCAAUGCCCUCUUUCCUUCUCCAUCAGCUGAGGAGCCCCCAGGAGGCAAGGCUGUCAGGUCACGAGGCCAGAUAUGGGGUGGGGAAAACCCUAAGCGCCUAGCAAGGGUGGCUGGGGCAACCCAGACAGAUGGGAGGCAUAUAAAUAAUAAAAUGAUGGUGAUGAAUUUCAGUAGGGACAAAUGUAAGGUUCUGCACUUAGGCAGGAAGAACCAGCUGCCCAAAUAUAAUAUGAGGGACACCUGGCUUACUAGCAGUACAUGUGAGAUGGAUUUAGGAGUCUCGGUGGACCACAAGCUUAACACGAGUCAACAGUGUGAUGCAGCAGCAAGAAAAGCUAAUGCUAUUCUGGAAUGCCCUCCCACCAGAUGUCAAAGAGAUAAACAACUACCUGACAUUUAGAAGACAUCUGAAGGCAGCCCUGUUCAGGGAAGUUUUUUAUGUGUGACAUUUUAAUGUAUUUUUCAUCUUUGUUGGAAGCCGCCCAGAGUGGCUGGGGAAACCCAGCCAGAUGGGCGGGGUACAAAUAAUAAAUUAUUAUUAUUAUAUAGGCUGAUCUGUAUAGUGUCCAGAUCAAGGGAAGUCAUAGUGCCACUCUAUUCUGCCUAAGUCAGACCACACUUGGAAUACUGUAUCCAAUUCUGGGCACCACAAUUUAAGAAGGAUGUUGAAAAGCUGGAACGUGAACAGAGGAGGGUGACCAAGAUGACCAAAGGUCUGGAAACUAAGCCUUAUGAGGAGCUGGGAAUGUUUAGCCUGGAAAAGCGGAGACUGAGAGGAGAUAUGAUAGCCAUCUUCAAAUAUUGUAAGGGCUGUCACAUGGAGGAGGGAGCAUGCUUGUUUUCUCCCGCUCUGGAGGGUAGGACUCGAACCAGUGGCUUCAAGUUGCAAGAAAGGAGAUUCUGCCUAAACAUUCGACUUCCAAAGCGUUCAGAAACCAAGGUGCGGCUUCUGAUUGGCUGCAGGAAGCUUCUGCGGCCAAUCAGAAGCCGCGUCGGACGUUCGGCUUCCCAAAAACGUUCACAAACCGAAACACUUCUGGGUCUGUGGCAUUCGGGAGCCAAAACAUCCAAGUACUAAGGUGUUUGGGAUCCAAGGUACGACUUUAUUUGAUAUGCCAAUGCUAUCUUCACUAUCACUAAAAGGUAUUUGUAUUGAGGCUAUGGCAAUAUGUAUGUUAGUUUCGGUUUUAAUUGCUUGAGAGGAUCCCAGUUUCUGAGAUCCCCAGUCCCUCUGGGACUGAGUCUCCCUGCAUAAGCCUUGUGUUCAUCAUCUGAGACCCCUUCUAUGAGUGCCCCCUUUGAGGGAGGGGCAGACUGUGGCAUCACGAGAACAGGCCUUUUCAGUGGUGGCUCCCCACCUGAGGAAUGCUCUUGCCAGAGAGAUGCGUCUGCCACUGUUAACAGCUUUUAGGUGCUAGGUAAAGACGUUCCUGUUUAUCCUCGCAUUUGGCUCUCGGUUGAGUGUCAUGUGAUUUGUUGAUACCCCAGCCUCUGUCAGUGAUCAUCUUUUAGCAGACUGGAGCAGGACCCACGCCUUUUUAUGUUGUUUCAGGAUGAGCACUUUUAGUAAUGUUAUUUUAUGUUUCUGAUGUUCUUUUAAAUGUUGUCGUCUGUAUCCUUUUAUAAUUGAAGUGAGGGGAAAAUAAAUGCAAUACAUAACUAAUGGGCUCAGCUUGAUAGAUGAAAUGAUCUCAUCUGUUCUUCUCCUGCACAUUCUUGGGGUUCUUUAACACUCCCCCCAGAGACAAUUUGGGGGUGCCUGAGGGGAGGCAGAGAAUGCCCUGUUGUGCUGGCAGAAGCCCUUGUGUGGGCUUUCACUAGCAGAACUCAUUACAGUGGUACCUCGGGUUACAUACGCCUCAGGUUACAUACACCUCAGGUUACAUACGCCUCAGGUUACAUACACCUCAGGUUACAUACGCCUCAGGUUACAUACGCUUCAGGUUACGUACUCCGCUAACCCAGAAAUAGUGCUUCAGGUUAAGAACUUUGCUUCAGGAUGAGAACAGAAAUUGUGAUCCGGCAGUGCAGGGGCAGCAGGAGGCCCCAUUAGCUAAAAGUGGUGCUUCAGGUUAAGAACAGUUUCAGGUUAAGAACAGACCUCCGGAACAAAUUAAGUACUUAACCCGAGGUACCACUGUAGUUGAAUCCCGCUCUAACAUAAUAAAAAUAUUUAAAGCACAUUCCUAACCUUUGUGGAUUAAGGAAAGAGUGGGGGAUUUAUUAUUAUAUUAUAAUACGGGGUGAUAAUAUUCUGGAAUUAUAGAGUUCAGUCAUAUGCCUUAUGGGAAAUGAUACCUAUUGUAUUUUGAAUUUGAACCUGAAUGAUAUCAUUUUAUAAAAACCAAGUGGUUUUUUUACUCGGCUACCAUGCUGUCCUUUCUCAGCCCCCAAAGGCUCGAGUCAUUUGUGGUUGUUCUCGUUUUGGCCUUGCAGGUGACAAUGUGGCAAGUGUAAGGAAGGCGGAGAGCUUUCUAUGGAGUGAAUGGCCUGUGCUUUCACAUAAAAACUUGGAUGCUGUUGAAGAGAUUUAAGAAAUCACGUUCCAAGACCUGCAAAAUGGGGUGGGGGCGAGAGACCACGUAAGCCACGGAGCUUUUCCACAGAGCAAGACAUCUUGCAGGAAGAGGAGGAGUCAGUCGCCUGCCGGAGAUUUGAUCGAAACCACGUUCCGGUUUAGAAGCCACGCAGCCAAGAAACCACAAAUUGCUGGAAAGGUUUAAAGCGAUACUCGUGCACCGUUGUGCGUCAAAGAUUGUACGCCCUGGAGGAGUCCAGCCUAAGCACAAAUUCUAGGAACAUUUUUUUAAUGCAAGUUUAAAGGCUCAUCUGCAAAGAAUCCCUAGAAUGGCAAAAUCAGACCAUUUCACUGCCCUUCUGGAAAGUAUGCUGUGGAAGAGAACUUGUUCUGUCAGACCUUCUUUGCUGUUCCUUCUGCAGGGUUUCCCCUCUUCCAAUGUGCAAGCCUUGAUUUAUGUCAGAGAAGCCAUGGCGGAGCAGGAACCCUUUUGAUAAGAAAAGUUUCACAUACAAUAGGAGAAAGCUUACAAAUGCCCAGAGUGAGGAAAUACUGUGUUGCCAAAUCCUACUAUUAUAAAGUUACACUGUCAAGUUGCUUUGAGACUUUUGGGGCAAGAAUGGUAAUAAAUAAUAUUAAUAGUCAAUGGCGCUGUGGUCUAAACCACUGAUCCUCUUGGGCUUGCCGAUCAGAAGGUUGGUGGUUCGAAUCCCCACGACGGGGUGAGCUCCCGUUGCUCGGUCCCUACACCUGCCAACCUAGCAGUUCGAAAGCAAAAAAGUGCAAGUAGAUAAAUAGGUACCGCUCCGGCGGGAAGGUAAACGGCAUUUCCGUGCGCUGCUCUGGUUUCGGUGCUCCGUUGCGCCAGAAGCGGCUUAGUCAUGCUGGCCAUAUGACCCGGAAAAACUGUCUGCGGAAAAACGCCAGCUCCCUCGGCCUGUAAAGCCGAGAUGAGUCAUAUGUGACUGGACUUAACCCCAGAGUCGUCUGUGACUGCACUUAACUGUCAGGGGUCCUUUACCUUUUUUUUAUAAGAGGGAAACCAGAAGUGUGGUUGUACAGUAUGCUAGAAGGAAUUUGCUUUUGAGGGCCCCUGGCUUCACACAGGAUCCCUCUGGAUGAAGGACUUAUGUUCCUACUUUUUUUCCUAGACUACCUGGCAAUAUUAUAGACACUUGUUCAUUCAGAGGUUUAUAAGCAGAGGCUGGUUGGUUGCCUAUCAUGGAUGAUGCAGCCCAGGUGUUUGUGUGUGGGGAAACUUUUGGCCCUCUGGAUGCUGCUGAACUACAACUCCCAUCAUCCCUGGCCAUUGGCUGUGCUUGUUGGGGCAGAUGGGAGUUGUAGUUCAUCAGCAUCUGGAAGGCCAGAGGUUUCCCACGCCUGCUAUAGCAGGUGGAUUUCCUUUAUUGGCAUGGCAUGGCAGGGUCAAAUACAGAGUCUUUUGAGGUCCGUUCCAAUGCUAUGAUUGCAGCAUUUGGGACUUUUUAGUUUAGGGGAAAUAGGAGUAAGAGACAAGAAGACGGAUGUCUAUAAAAGUAUGCAUAGGAAGGAGAAAGUGCGUCGAUACAAGUUUUACUCCCGUUCUCUCUCAUAGCACUAGAACGAGUGCACAUCCAGAGUAACUUGAGUGUUGGAAGAUUCAGUACUUAUUCACACAGCAGCACCUAGUAAAAUGAUGGAAUUUGCUUCUGCAGUGAUGGCCGCCAUCUUGGAUGGCCUUAAAAGAGGAUUGGACAAAUUCAGGGACGUUGAGGCAAACAAUGGCUACUGACUCUGAUGGCUGUUCUCUGCCUCUGCUUCUGAAGAGCGGUUGCUGGAAACUGGAGGAGGGGAGAGUGGCUGUUGUGCUCGGAUCCUGCCUGCCAGUUUCCCACAGCCAUCUGUUUGGCCGCUGUGAGCACAGGAUGCUGGCCUAGAUGGGCCACUGACCUGAUCCAGUCAGCUCUUCUCACAUUCUUAUGAUUCUGUGACAUCAUUUGUCAGGAACGAGCCAGCGCCAAGAGAAAGUUUGCAGCCAACUGCAGAAAGCAGCCAGGAACAGAAAGGCUUAGGUGAAAGUCAGGCGGGGAGACCCGGCAGCUGCAGACUUCGGUUCUUCCACACCUUGAUGGGCAGGGUGAUAAGGCAGUAGCUGAGAGCAGGCUAGAACACAGCCAAAGCUCGCAGGAAGCACAGAUAGGAGCGAAUAGAUUCAGAGACAGCCUCUCAGAACAAGAAGAGGGCAGGGCUGAUUCACUAAGGUGUCGGCAAAUGGGAGGGCUGCUAGACAGGAAGCAAAACAAGAGAUGUAAAGGUCAUAAGUUCAAUAUCUUCUUUAGAUGCCGGAAGGAGUCUUCAGAAGGGUCAUCUUGAGUAAUGAUGCCGGAGGCUUUGUCGAAGCUGUCCGGAGCUGUUUGUUUUUGCAAUAAAUCCUCCUUUUUAAUUACCUACGCUUAUUGUGUUAUCAAGCUGGGAACCUGGACUCCUGACAUCAUUGCUUAUAAAAAUAGCCAACCAGACUGAGGUCCACCAGCGAUGCAGUGGCCAAGCUCACGCAACCAGCAUCUUUUUCAGCCCUAUGGCCUGCAGCAUAGAUGUGUUCCUUGAGACUGAGAGGAAGACCAGGCUGCUAAGUUGCAUGUGAGCGGGCUACUUAUUUGUCAAAACCUGUGGCUGCGAGUUGUACCCAGCGUUAACCUGUUCACUAGUGCAAGGGCACGCUUCAUGUUGUGCAAAAGAGGAAUCCGACGCUACAGUUUUGCUAGCGGAAACUCUCUGCACAAUCUGGUUUUGCUAUCCGUUGCACAACAAAAUCACCACUUCUUGUGUAUUCUGUAGGCGCAAAACAUUUCGCCAGUGGAACUGCUAUACUGCCAAGAGACUUUUGACUUUGUGCUGCAUAAGAAGACACAACCCUGGGUGUCCAGCACAGCCGCAACACAUCAAAGGGCGGGGGGCAGGAGUGAAAUGGAGAAAGCUCAGAGGAGCAUCUCUGGGGAUGCAGUCAGUGUGUGCAGGGACUAAAAGAAUUUAUGCUUCCUUACCCCCUCCCAUAAAAAAUACAGAUUCUGGGGCUGCAAAGAACCUUCUGGAUUUUGCAGCCAAGGUAGCAUUUUGUGCCUCAAGGCUGGCCAGAGAAAAAAGUGAGUAAAGGUCUCUUUGCUAUGUUAUGCAACUCUGGGGGCAAGAAACAAUGUGAAUAAAAGUGUAGAGGGUCUCAUAAAUCCAAGUUCUGCAUAGGAUGCUGUUUUUGCAGAAGGUAAAAAGGCAUGUGUCGGCUUGCUGGAAGAUGGAGUUCUCUAUCAUUGAGCUUCCAUCUGGUCAUAUCCUGUGUUGUUUUUUACUUUGUGACCAGACAUUGAGAACAAACAAAAAAGGGAGAGUAAAAUGAUGAAAUGUGACCGUUUGUUUGUUUGUUUGUUUGUUUAGCUGCUUUUUUCUCUUGCUCUUCUUUUUUAUCCCGGAGACUUACUGGACUCUUAAAACUUAGCAAUUAAAAUCAUUUGAUGAUUGCAAAGA